AUGGCGCCCGCCCCAGCGACCAUCCGCGACCUGCUCACCUCCUUCAGCCCCGCCUCCGACUUCCUCGCCCUCUCCUCCGGCGACGGCCGCAUCAAGGUAUGGGACGCCGCGCGCGGUCACUUGCAGACGGAGUUCGCGGACAUCCCGGCGGUGGAGGCCGGCGCGCUGGCCGAGGCGAAGCGCGGCCACCUCGCGCUCGACUACACGUGCAUGAAGUGGGUGCAGCUCUCCAGCAAGAAGAAGCGGAAGGCUGGGAGCUCGCUGCUUGUGCUUGGGACGGGCAGUGGGGAUGUACUCGCGCUUGAUGUUGCUGCGGGGCAGUGGAAGUGGCGGAUCAGCGACUGCCAUCCUGGGGGUGUGACAGCAGUAGCAUACUCGAGGCUUGGGCGGACGGUGUACACAGCAGGCGCUGAUGGCAUGGUCUGUAAGAUUGAUCCCUCAGAUGGGUCUGUUGCAGGGAAAUUUAAAUCUUCCUCCAAGGCAAUAUCUGCGUUGGCGGUGUCAUCAGAUGGAAAGGUUUUAGCAACAGCAGCUGGUCAGUUGAGGACAUUUGAUGCUUCUGACAACAAGAAGAUUCAAAAAUUCUCUGGGCAUCCGGUGGCUGUGAAAACCAUGAUUUUUAGUGACAACGGUGAAUAUGUUCUGUCAUCUGGAGUUGGGGAACGUUAUGUUGCCAUUUGGAGGUUGGGCAGUGGUAAAACUCAUAGCUCAAGCUGCAUACUCUCUAUGGAACACCCAGCAAUCUUUGUGGACUGCAAGUGUUCAGGUAUUAAUGCCAAUAAUGGAGAGAUACAUGUGUUGGCUAUUUCUGAGGUUGGUAUCUGCUAUUUCUGGUCUGGGAAUAGCAUGGACGACCUGCGCAACAAGAAGCCAACUAAGAUUGCUUUGUCCGAGUCUUCUCUUUCAAGAACAAAGCAGGAUUUCACAAUAUUUGCCGCAAAACUUCAAGGAAUAGAUGGACCUAAUUCUACGCAUGUACUUCUGGCAUAUGGAUCUGUGGUGAAACCAUCGUUCAAUAAGCUUUUGGUUUGUUAUGGUAAGGAUAUUAAUUUGGGUGUAUCUGAAGAUGGAGUCCUCUUGCCUACAAUUCAACCCACCAUGGCCCAGAAAGGUCAAUAUGCUAAAACGAAAGGAACUAUCACUGCUCUAGACCGGGCGAAUGCAGAAGAUGCCAUCCUUCCUCUUCCGAAGCUUCAUACACAAGAAAAGAAAAGGAAACAUGGUGUAACAAAACCGAGUGGUGACAAGCUUGCGAUUGAUAGUGACCUUGGAACCACAGCAAGAUUAACAGAGAAAAGAGUUCCUGUGCAAAGAAUUGAAGAUGACAGCAUAUGCAUCGAAGACAUGCUUAGGGAGUGUGGUGUCAUUGAUCAGAGCAUUGAGCGCGAUCCUGACAUGGCAACUAAAAUCUUGUCAGAUCUGUUUGGUCGCAGCGGCAUACCAAUUGACUCUAAUUUACCCAGCAAGAAGAUUCGAGCACAUCUAAGAUCUUUGAAGCCUGUAGAUGCUUGCAAACUUCUAGAGAAUCUUGUAUCUGCAUGGAAAUCAAGAUCUGGCAGCGCCGAGCUUGUUUUGCGGUGGAUAUACUGCUUAUUGGUUAUUCAUGGUCGUUUUAUCUCCUCAGAGAAACCAAAAAAACUAAUUAGCAACCUUGAGAAGAUGUGUGCAGAGAGAUAUGCAGCAACUGAGGAUUUACUGAAGCUUUCUGGUCGUCUUCGCCUGAUAAUCGCUCAGGUCGACAAGGAUGCGAAAGAUCUAUCAGUGAAGACGCAGGAUUCUGUCUCAACCCUGUCUGAUGAGGAGGAAGAAGAAAUUGAUGAAUUGGUGUAUGGCGAAGACUUGGAAAACAGUGAUGAUGAUGCUGAAUAGAGUCACCACCCGUAGCAUUUGGUGCUCUUGCUACGUCUUAUUGUAGUUUUUAGCCUUCUUGCCGGAGUCGAGUUUGUAAAAACUAAGCAACGCCCGAAAGGUUGCGAAGAAUUUUGACAAAGGAGGUAGCAUCUGGAUGGCACUAUAUAAUUGUGUAUCUGUUCGCUUGCAAUUUCCUUCUCUGGCACCAA